GCAAAUGCACCCGGUCUGGACUGCCAGGAGGACUUUCAGCAGAGCAGAAACAGUCGAAUCUGUUCAUCAUCGAGGAUUGUCUACAUAACAUUCACAAGUUCUACAAGCAUGAAUGAGAAACAGAGGAUUAUAAUGUAAUGAGGGGUGAUUUUGCGAUGCUUUACGAGACACCACUGCGGGAGGCUGGAGAAUCAUCGGCUUGACAGUGAACAGAUUUCCACGAGAUUCCCACGGAGCUCUUGUGGGCGAGAUGAACAACCCGCCGGUGUGAUCGUGCACAUGGAAAGCGCGAUCCACGGCGCGUGAACGCACGCACGGAGAUCCGUGUAUUCUCUGCGCUUUGGACACUUUGGACACCUUUCUUAGCGGAUAUUCUUAGAAAUCUUCGUCUGCAGAUACGUUUUCAUAUUUAACUUAUCUGCUUGUAUUUUACGUUAUUUAUUUAUUUCCAGCGAAACACCAACAAAUUAUGUUGAACUAAAGGGAUUUUUCAAACCCUUCAUACUAUAGUGUCACUGCACCGACCGCUUUCUCGGUAUCCAUCCAUCCUUCUUUUGAGCUAUAUAGGAUGCAGCAGGAAUGAUCCCGGUCCAGCGCGUUAAAGCUCAGCCUCAGCUGUGGCACGUGAGCGCCGAAGCUCCUCCGUGGCUCUGGAUGGUCCCGAACACCUCCGGACUGUGUAGGGUGGGUUCUGCUCCUCCCGUGCUCAUCUCCUCUCGCCCUCCUCCGGUGAUUCAGACGGUCUCGGGAUGGCAGAUGUCCUGCGAUCCAUUUGUGCCUGUGAUGCGCGCUGCUGCCGCGGAACCCGCGACCAUCAGUCAGUUCAGUCUGCCCAGUGUUCAGUGGGAGAUCCCAUCCAGGCCUCAUGUGUUGGGUUUCCAACCUUCUGCAAGUGUGGAUCUACUUCCAGUGUUUCCUCACGUAUACCGGACAGUCCUGCCUCCACACUAUGGCAAGGGCUGGGUGGAAAAACGUGUGCCUGACUACAAGUUUUAUCUAAACAACACAUUAGCUCUUGAGACCACCUGGAUCAGUCCGGAGGAAAUGGGAAUUUUCCAGCGUCAGGAAAAGCCACUGCUGCGGACAAAUCAAACGGCGUUGAGCAUAUGUAGGCCAGCUGCAGCCUCCAGGAAUAUCCACACUCUACUUUUGACACCCAGGCGCGUUUCAGGUUGUCCCGUGGCCAUUAAGCGAGUAGGAAGUUCUAAACGGAUCGCUCUGGCAGCAGCAGCCAUGAUGGCGAUGGAUUCUGACGUGACACAGGGACCAUCUGUCUCUUCUGCUCACCCUCUCCGCCUGCUCUCGCUCUCACCCAUCAAGCUUCCCUUUCUGAUGACACCUCACGCAGGAACACGGAGCAGCUGGGAAGGCUUGCUGGGACCCAUCCUGCCAUCUCAGAUCACUGCAGUAACAUCACUCACUUCUCCUGGAUUGACCCUACUUACUGGAAACUGGAAGAAGCAACGAUCAACAAAUAAGAUUUUGGAAUUGAAGAAGCCAUCCUGCACAGACGCCUUAGUGCUCCGCCAUGAUCCAAACCCAGAGGCUAAAGCUGAGGAUGGGCCUUUUAAAGUCAGUAUGGACGAGGACAGCUCACUUAAAGACAAGCGGCCAGUUGCAUCUACGCCUAUACCUGGAUCACCAUGGUGUGUAGUGUGGACAGGUGACGACAGGGUGUUUUUCUUCAAUCCCACCAUGCAUUUGUCAGUAUGGGAGAAACCAGUUGAUCUGAAAGACCGUGGAGACCUCAAUCGAAUCAUCGAGGACCCGCCACAUAAACGCAAGAAAGACUCUUUAGACGAUGGCUCAAAUGCUGAUGACGAUGAUGACGAUGAAGAGGAACAUAGUUUAAAGACCAAACGCUACAAACUGGACCACCCCGUUGACUGUGAAGGAAAAAAUGGAUCAUCUCUUCGGAUGGUUUUACCGCUGGAGCUCCGGAUCGGCCACUUCAGAGACAUGCUUCUGGAAAGAGGGGUGUCUGCGUUCUCCACCUGGGAGAAAGAACUGCACAAAAUUGUAUUUGAUCCACGGUACCUGCUGCUAAGUCCAGAGGAACGAAAGCAGAUUUAUGAUCAGUUUGUCAAAGCAAGAAUGAAAGAGGAGCACAAAGAGAAAAAGUGCAAACUCCAGCAAGCGAAAGAAGAGUACAGAAAACUGCUAGAGGAAUCAAAAAUCACAUCCAGGUCGACGUUCAAAGAAUUUUCAGAAAAGUACGGAAAAGAUCCGCGAUUCAAACAGGUUCUGAAGAGGAAAGACCAAGAGCUGUUUUUCACCCAGUUCAUCAGCGCAUUAAAGAAGCGGGACAAGGAGAACAGAAUUCGUCUGAGGAAGAUGAGAUGAGUGUUUGCAGAUAGGGCUGCAAACUCUUUACAGUAUGAACUGAUUUCCUGUGACUGUUUAUCACAGUGUAUACCGUGAUACCAACUGUCCAUAUGUCUGACCAAACCACAAGGGCAGUUUGCUUUUCAAUGACUUGACUUUGAAACAAACCGAACAAAGGCAGAACCAGCUGAGUCUAAGCAGCAGUUUGGGAAUGAACUCUGCAUAUCUGAAUCUGUUUCAUAUUGAAGCUCUUAAUCUCCGGUUUGAGUAUUAUGAGGCUCCUAAAUCACAACGCUGAAUACGAAUACAGAGUUUGACUCGCUGGAAGUAUCUAAAGCCAUUGACCUGUGCACACAGGUGGAAAAUGAUUUUUAUAUUCAUUGUACAUAAGUGUUGACUUGCCUGGCGCUGUGCUAAAAGUGACCGUAGAAGUGAAACCAUUUUGUCAGAGUGCGAGACAGAUUCUCCACAGCAUCUGUGAGAAUCGGUAAGUGGUGUUGUGUAUCGAUAGAAUUUUUCAAAUGCUGUGCUUUGUUGUAAUUACAUUGGUCAUGAUAUCGUAAAAAUUAAAGUGAUACUUUUUACUGAAAAUUCAUGUACAGUUCUGUAAGGUGUUGUAAUACUUCACCCAAAAUGAACAUUUGCUGAAAAUGUACUAACCCUCAGGCCAUCCAAGAUGUACCAUAGAUUAGUUUCUUCAUCCAAGCAUCCAAAAUAUGGGUCCUUUGUAGUGAAUGGGUGCCGUCAGAAUGAGAGUUCAAACAGCUGAUAAGAAACAUCACAAUAAUCCACUAGUAAUGCUCAAUUUCUCCAAAUCUGUUUAGAUGAAACUCAUCUACAUGUUGGAUGGCCUGAGGGUCAAUAUAUUUUCAGAUUUUCAUUUUUGGGUGAACUAUUUCUUUAAAUCAGAGCAAGUGGAUUCUGUUUACAUUAAAUGAGAAAUUUAAUUGAAAGGACUGUUUAGACGUGUUUGGCUGCAUUCAAUUCAUGUAGCUAUUUGUAAGUAUGAAUAAAUUAUUUUAUUUUAUUUAUUAUUGUUGAAAUGCAAUUUUACAUUUUUCUGUCAACUUUUAUACACACUAAAAACCAUAUACAGGGCUCAAAAAUAUAGAGUUUUUCCCCAAACGGUUCCAGUUAUUUCACUGCAUUGAUCUUAAAUAUAAAACCAUUAAAAAUAAUUUUACUUGCAAAAUGAGAGGUCAUCAUUGAUUUUUUUUUUUUCCUGGCAGGUGGGGGAAAAAAACUGAAUUUGAUGUAAACUUAGAAACUGCAAAAUGCAAAUUUGGACCUGCAAGAUAAAAAAAAAGAAGAAAAAAAAAUUAUUCUCAGUUUACAUCGUGCAAUUCUUAGAUUAUAGCUUGCAUUUCUGAAUAAAGUCCAAAUUGCGAGAUAAAAAGUAAGAAAAAAAAUUGUUUCAUUUUAUUUUAUUUUUUUUUUUUUAUGUAUACAUGUAUUUUAUUCAGUGAUGGAAAUGUGCUUUCAUUGCAUACAAUGGUGCAAGUUUCAAUAUUUAGAAGAUGCAUUGAAGAACAUUGCAAAGUCUUUCUCAGUUUCAACAAAUCACUUAUUUUAGCAAGAGAGAUGGCACUGGAUAUACUGAAUGAACAAUAAUGUUCAAAACAUCCAAGAUAUUUCAAAUGUAUGAAAACAUGAUGUUUGGAUGUGAAGUGGUUACAGAAGAGCAUCGACCCAAAAAGGAAAAUGACCUUUAUGAAACUCUCUAACUCUGACCCCAGGCCAUCAUCCUUGUUGUUGUGGGCCUUGUUUUUGUUACCAUGUCAUAAGUACAUAUGUUAUCAUGUUGACAUUUUUCACACUGGUAUUUUUUAUUUUUAUUUUUUUAAUUUUUAAAUUAUUUUUGUCAUUUUUACUGUAAUACCUCAGUUAAGAGCUUUCAA